UACAGCGGAAGGUAAAAGGUAGAAGGAGGAUUCAAGUCAAAAUAAUUCACAGAUUUUCAGAAAUUCAAUUCUUCCAAGAUUAAAAUUAUUAUUUAAACUUAAAGUGCAUUUAAAUUUUUAAAAUAUGGGUGCGACAGCCCUUCCCAUUCUAUUCUUCACCAUUUUGUGGGGUGUGGUUGGUAUCGUGCUCCCAUUUUUCGUUCCAAAAGGCCCAAACCGAGGAGUGGUCCAAGUUGUCUUGAUGUUGACGGGAGCGUGCUGUUGGUUAUUUUGGUUAUGCUGCUAUAUGUGUCAAAUGAAUCCAUUAAUCGGUCCUAUUAUAAAGAGAGAUGUGGCCCUCGUAAUGCAGCAGGAAUGGGGGACCGGACCUAUCGUCACACCUGGAGCAUAAAUCCUCAUCAAUCAGAAUCGUCAUGAUCAUUAUCAAUUAAUUUUCGGUAGAGAGUAGACUUUGACAUAUUUUCCGUGCAGUUAUGAUCUUCUUGAUACAACAAAGCAUUCCAGUCUGUAGUAAGCAAUUAAAUAAGUAAAGGAUUUUGUUGUGCAAUUCAGUCAUUACAUUUUAUUAUGUGUAGAAUAGAACGUGUAAUAUAUAAAAGUAUGAAAUAAUAAAUGUAAGGCAGUAACUAACUA